GCCCAAUGCCAAGUAGAGCGUAGCACAACAUUCAGAAAUGAGUAACCCUAACAAAGGUUAGUAACGAGGAAUAGAUGUCCGCCGGGAGAAAAACCAGAAAAUGCUACUCCAACAAGAACCAUCCACGAUCCUUUUUGGAUUGAGUUUCCUAACCUAAAUAAGUUUCGCAACUGUAUUUAGCGUAUUCUGAAUCAGUUCGUCUUCUACUCUUCAAAGAUGGCCAAGAGAUUCCAAACUCAACUCUUCGUAAGCAGGUUAUCUGCUUACACCACAGAUAGAUCUCUGUGGCAGCUUUUCUCUCCUUUUGGUCAAAUUAAAGAAGCUCGGCUUAUUAGGGACCAUGAAACGCAAAGACCCAAAGGGUUCGGCUUCGUCACUUUCGAGUGUGAGCAUGAUGCUCAAAAGGCAAUAAAAAGCUUGGAUGGGAGGAUUGUAGAUGGUAGACUAAUCUUUGUUGAAGUUGCCAAGAACUCAGAGGAAGUGAAAACGGAUAUGAACAGUAAGAAAGCCGAUGAAAGCUGGUAAUUUGGGCGGCAACACAUACUAUAGACUUGUUUACACAAUGUAUUGGAGACACUCAGUUCCAUUGUUUACAGCUCUUUUGGAUGCAAAUUUGUGUUGUAGUUCUUGUUUGUAGAAAGAACAUGCGUUUCCCUAUAAUGAAUAUUGGGCCUGAUUGAUUGGGCUUCAACUUUUAAAAAGUGGCGACAACUAUAAGAAACCUGUGGCUCAU